AUGCCUACAGGAAAAACUACACAAGUAACGAAGAUAAGUUCUUCAAGUCGCACAGUUACUCAAACAGUUUCAUCUGUUCAGGGGAGAGUUGGUUUGCAGCAGUCUUUUGAGGAAAUUUCGUCUCCAUCAAGAAAGUUAUUUUUAGAAAAUGCCUCAUUACGAAUGUCGCCAGGCUGGGUUAGUGGUCAUGGCAGUUUAUUUGAAAGUCCUAAAUCCAUCGGAUCUCCAUCACCCAUGAAACCACCUAAAGCUAGAAGGUCCUCUGUGUAUGUGAAAAAAAGUUUAGUCGUGGCGUCUUCAGUGGACAGCUUCAAGAAACCACCUGUAUUUAUAUCUCCAACCGGUGUUAAAACUAGAGCCAGACGGUCUUCAAUUUAUCAGAAAUCUGGUAAAAAUCUUCUAACAGGAUUAGAUCCCAAAGCUCGCAGAGAUUCCCUGGCAGCUAUCAGGUCCAAGAAAUUAGUUUCAGAAUCAGAUUAUGUUUUUGCUGUGCCAACUGCUGACUCUGCUAAACGUAAGAAGUUAGUUUCCAAAAGCAGUAGAGCUAAGAAGGCUGCAGAACCCAAAAGAUCUCCUAAAAAGGCAUCAUCCAAAUCACAAGCUAAGAGUAACAGUCCAGUCAAGAAAUCAUCAAAAAAAAUUAAUUUGGUAGACUCCAACUCAUUAAAGAAAUCAACUCAUCAAAAUAUCAAAGUAAUUUUGGCUACAAGUUCACCUAAAAAGGAGAAAACGGUUAGAUCAAAAGCCAAAGCUAAAACUCCUGUCAAGGAGGUUGAAUUAGCAGAUGAUGAUGAUGAUGAUAUUGAAGAUGAUAUUGAAGAUGAUGACAUUCUCUCUCCCAGACGGACAAGAAAGACACCUGGUAAAUCAAGAAAAAGAUCUUUAACUACAGUGACCAAGAGUGCCAAGAAACGUAAAAGGUCACCAAGCAGAUCACCAUCUCCAUCUCCAAAGAAAAAAGGAUCUCCCAAAAAGACAUCAUCAGAGACUAAAAAGAGCUCCUCUUCCAUUAAGAAAAGGAAAGCAACAAAGGAUUCUCCCAAUUCGUCUGCCACGAAAAGUUCUCUUGAAGUUUCAUUGACACCUCUUGAAGUUGAUGAAAGUUUUUCUUUUAAACUUAGUGAUUCGGAUAGGAAGAAACUGACCAAAAACUCCAAAACUCCAAGUAAAUCAACCCCACAAAAAUCAACAAAGUCCACAAUAAAGCAGACACCUAAAUCAAGUGCUAAAAAGAUUUCAACAAAGAAAACACCCAGUUCUACCAAAAGAAUUUCCUUGUCUUUCAAAGCAGAUUUACCAAACUCCUCAGAGAAAAAGUCAAAAAGUAAAAAGUCAAUUGCCAUUACAACUGAUGAAGUACCAGUAGCUAAAGUGUUGGAAUUUAAGCAAGCAACUGAAUCUUUUGAUAUUGAAGUAGAGGAAGACAUUUCCAUGGCAACCAUCCAGACCUCACCCAAAUCUAAAACUCCCCUAACAUCACAGAAGAUGAAGAGCAUCCUGGACAGUGUAUCAGUUCCAAAUGAAACAGACAAAAAAAGAAAAACAACAGAUUUUGUUGAACCACAAUCAGCAAACAAACGUCGACGAUAUGACAUGGAGAAGUUUGAGAAAAUUGUAGCCAGCACUCCCCGAGAUAUGAGAUUAGAUAUUUUGUCAGGAAGGAGACCUGAGUUAUCUCCCAUACCUGGUACAGUCAAUAAAAAUAUCAACAACAGUUUUUCCUCGAGUAAACAAGUCACCAUAUUUUCUGACAAGUCCACAUUUUUGUCUGCUGGUCCUUCAAAUCUUUCACCAGUGGCUUCCAAAAGUCCACUGAUAAUAAGUGAAGUGGUGAAAAAUCAAGUUUACACAGACUUUGUUGAUGGUAAUGAUGAUGAUGAUGAUGAUUUUGAUUAUUCCCAUAUUUCAUUAUCCCAAAAACCAACGGAACCUGAACCAUAUUUAUAUGAUUAUGAUUCUGACUUAGAUAUAUCUCAUUCUAAUGUACAAGCAGGAUGUACCAUUUUGUAA